CAAGAAAUAUUUUUGACUUUUUGUGGUCAAAGGUGAUGAUGAGGUUGAGAGGUUUAUAUAAAUCGCGUGGACAAUAAGCACAAGUCACAGAUAUCCGAUCAAAAGAACCACCAACUGCACCACCGAACCAACCUAUCAUCAUGGUUUCUUCCGACAAGGAUCCCCGAGAGGAAGUCAUUCAAGCCUGGUACAUGGAUGACAGUAAUGAAGAUCAAAGACUUCCCCAUCACAGAGAACCCAAGGAGUUUGUCUCAUUGGCUAAACUUGAUGAAAUCGGAGUCCUUAGUUGGAAAUUAGAUGCUGAUAACCAUGAAACAGAUCCAGAUCUGAAAAAGAUCUGUGAAGAACGUGGUUACACCUACAAGGAUGUUUGUGAGAUCUGCCCUGAAAAGAUGCCAAACUAUGAAGCGAAGAUCAAAAGCUUCUUUGAAGAGCAUCUUCACAUUGAUGAGGAGAUCCGCUAUGCUGUUGCUGGAAGUGGUUAUUUUGAUGUCAGGGAUCGCAAUGAUGCUUGGAUUCGUGUAUGGGUGAAGAAAGGAGGAAUGAUCAUUUUACCUGCUGGAAUGUAUCAUCGCUUUACACUAGAUGAGACCAAUUAUAUUAAGGCUUUGCGUUUCUUUGUUGGUGAACCAGUUUGGACUCCAUACAACCGUCCACAUGAUCAUCUCCCUGCAAGAGAGGAAUAUAUCAAGGCUUUUCUGGAAAAGGAUGUUGCCAACAAUGCUGUUGAUGCUGCUGCAUGAGAGUGAGAUCUGGUUCUGCCUGAUCGAUAGUAGUGUGGGUUGAAAAGGACUAAGGUUUAAAAACAAUAAUGGUCUGUUCAAAUAAAAUGACCGGCUUUAUAUGUUAUGGUUUGUGUGUAAUUAACCCCAUAGCUGAUGUUGUAUUCUAUUUUGUCCGGUACUGUUUAAGGAUCUGACUUAGAGGUAUUAUUAUUGGAACUGGGUACAGCAUAAACA